AUGCGAGCACUCCCACCCAUUUCUGAGAACAGUGUAGGCUGUCUGAUAACUCACAGGCUUCAAGCUGCCCUUAUAAAGUUGUUCCACUUUCACAUACUUCCUCAUACUGCUGGUUUCGCUGUGAAGAUGAAGCUGCUCAUUUACUUAGUCUUGCUGAAGACAGCUCUCCUUGCUUUAACAAAUGUCUUUGCAGCUGUUUUAGAAAAUGAAGAGGAUGCUAAAGAAGGGAAAGUUACUGAGACUUGUCCUGUAAAGCUCAAAACUAAUCGGAAAUGUGAUGAUGGAGAGGAUUGUCCCUAUCAGAUAAAUCUGCCUCCAAUGACCAUCCAGUUACCUAAAGAAUUCAGACUGCUUGAGAAGACUCUCAAAGAAGUACAGACCCUUAAGGAAGCAGUAAACAAGCUGAAGAAAUGCUGCCAAGAUUGCAAGCUGCAGGCAGAUGACAACCAAGAAAGAGACAGUAGUAAUGAAUUCCUGCUACCUAACGCAGAAACUCCAUCAGAAAACAGCAAAAUCCAAGAUAACAGAGUUAAUGAACUGCAGAGCAAAGUUAACAGAAUGGCAACCAGCUUAAAAAAUGCAAAGAGCCAGAUUCAGACACUGCAGGGUCGGUUAGAGAAGAUAAGCCUCAUAAAUAUGAACAAUGUAGAACAUUAUGUUGACAGCAAAGUUGCAAAUUUGACAUUUGUUGUGAACAGCCUUGAUAACAAAUGUGCUUCUAAGUGUCCAGCAAUGCAGCCAAGACCUGUUAUACAAAUAAUGCAGAGAGACUGUGCUGAUCAUUACACAGCAGGCAGAAGGACUAACGGAAUCUACAGGAUUAGCCCUGACCCCAGAAACAACAGCUUUGAAGUUUACUGUGACAUGCAGUCACAUGGAGGUGGCUGGACAGUGCUGCAGCAGCGUCAGGAUGGUAGCACUAACUUUAACAGAACCUGGAACGACUAUAAAAAUGGCUUUGGAAACCUCAGCAGGGAGUUUUGGCUGGGGAAUGACAAAAUUCACCUCCUGACAAAGAGCCAGGAAAUGCAACUGAGAAUUGAACUCGAAGAUUUCAAUGGCAUCAGAGAGUAUGCAAAAUAUGAACACUUCUAUGUGGCCAAUGAGUAUCUCAAGUACCGUCUAAGUGUUCAUGGCUAUAGUGGCACAGCAGGAGAUGCCCUUCACUACAGCAGGCAUUACAACCACGAUCAAAAGUUCUUUACAACUCCAGACAGGGACAACGAUAGGUAUCCUUCAGGAAACUGUGGAGCAUACUACAGCUCUGGCUGGUGGUUUGAUGCAUGCUUGUCUGCCAACCUCAAUGGCAAGUAUUACCACAAGCAAUACAAAGGUGUUCGCAAUGGCAUUUUCUGGGGCACAUGGCAUGGUAUUUCUAAUGAUAUUCCCAGCGGUUAUAGGCAAGCUUUUAAAUCAGUAAAAAUCAUGAUCAGACCCAAAAGUUUUGUGCAGUAAUUCUGCGCCCUUUUCUUAACUAGUUUGCAUUGGAUUGCACUCAAAAUUGUACUUAUUCAGUAUGAUACUCAGAAUUCAAGUAUUCAGUUAUGUUUGGCAUAAAACAGUUCUAGAGAAACAACAUAUUUCCAUGUAAUUUUUUAAAGAUGGUUUGACCCAUAUAAUGUUUUAAAACCGGCAUGAAUGUGUCUGAAUAGUUAUUGCUAAAACAGCAUGGGUUAAGUCUUGGUAUCGUUAUGUAAAUAGUAUAAACAUUUUUUUUUUUUGGUGCUUUUACUGACUGUGAUAUACAUUUUAUGCUUUAAACUUUUAAGUGGUCUUCCAGAAAUUGUGUCUGAAUGAAUACCUACAUUUUAACCUGAAAAUAACUCAGGAGGUAUGACUGAUAACAGAUAAACAUAUAGAUUUGUCCACGCUUAUAAUGUAAAUUAGUCUCCCUGGAACGGCCUGAAUUUUUCUAUCAAUUACCUGUCCUUCCCAACUUCAAAGGUAUACCAUGGCAAUACCAAUAUAAAUUAGGAAAAAUACUAUCAAUUCUUAUUUUUAAAGGACUAGAAAAUAGAGGACUGCAUGGUUUGCCCAAAGACACACACACACAUGCAACAAAGUCUUGAAGAAAACUUAGGAAAUUAAGAUGAUUCCUCAAAUCUUAUCCCUUUUAUCAAACAUUAUUCAAAGAAGUUGGUGGAAGAAAUGAAUAAAAGCAGUGGAAAUAAUACGGGGAACAUGCAAUGAAAGAAAACAUUCUUGCUUACUUUGUUUCCUCCGUUCAAGCUCAAGGUCGUGUUUGUCAUUUGUGGGAGAAAGGAGCUGGUAUGUAGCUUAUUGCACGUUUAUAUAGGCAGGUAGACAGGUAGGAAGAAGACACAUCAAGAAGAAUCCAGGUCUUAGUAUUAAUGCCUCUAAAUACAUACAAAAAGAGUUUCCUGCACCAUUUUUCUUUCUCCUGAAUCUUUUAGGUUUGCCAAAUGUUACAAGAUGAUUCCUGUAGAGACUCAAGCUCUCAUUCAAGUAUUUCUCACUCAACGUGCAUUAGACUGUAAUAUUAUAAGAAAGAUUACAAAUAUUUUGUUACGUAUGAAAACAUUGCAUUCUCCUCAUUUUCUGAGUAUCCCUUUUGUAGCCACAGAAACAUGAACAACCCACUGGCUAUUAUAAACAGAAAAGACAACAUGUGAAAGCCUUUUUCUUCUAAAUAUGACUGAUGAAACAAUCUAAUUUUUAAAUACUUCAGGAAGUGCAAAUUAGAAAUACUGUUAUUAAAGCUCAUGUUGUGGAUAUUAAUUACAAAUUUGACACCUAUCUAUUGCCUACCCUAGAAAAGACGUGGCUUUAUAAUUACAGUGACUAACAUUCUAAAUGGAGAUGCAAUUAUCUUAGCAAGAGGCUAUUUUGUUAUUUUGCUUAUGCCAAUCUUGAGAUGCAGAUAAAUGAUGCUAAGACGGUAUUUCUUUAUCAGAUUGGUCUUUGCUGGCAUAGCCUUUUUGAUUCAAAGAGACAUAACAAGAAAAAUAUAAGUAUACUUCUAACCUAAUACUUUACAAAUACAACCUUUAUUGUUUUUUAAGAUUAUAACAAGAACUACUAUGGUUACAAGUAUGCAAAUUAGCAAUGGUGGCAGUUGAUAAAUUGUAAAAUAUUAAUAUAUACAUUUUAAGGAAGUAAAUACUUUGAAGGAUAUUUCAGUAUGAAGUGAAAUUUGGUUUAUUAUAUUUCAGUUUGAAAGAGCAAUGGAAAGUUCUAAUUGCAAGAUGCAUAAUCUUUGCUUGAGAAUAUGUUUCAAAGCUAUAGAAUUUUUAUUUUGGAAUAAAAAAGAAUUGUCUGAA